AUGUUUUACCCAGGAAUGUUUCGAGAAAAGCCGAAGGACAUAAUUUCGGACAAGUGGAAAAUCAUUUUGAGGGUUUCGGGCUUCCUCGUGUCAUGUUAUUUGAUCUGCUUCCAUGGGGACUUAUUUGAUAUACCAGAAAAUAACAAGCUGUCGGUUGACAGCUCUUUUUUCAAAGCGCAAAGCGGGGAGUCGCCACCCUUUUUUUUCGAAACAUUGUUGUAUUUCUUUGUACCAUUAAGCAACAUAAAACGCUUCGAAUUGAAGUAA